CAAACCUUUGGCGCCCCACAAAAGUGGAAGAAGCCCUCCUACGACGUUGACACAAAGGAGAGAUGCCACAGACCCGAAACCAGUUGCUCCGUGCGGUGGCGGCGGCAAAGGACAGGGAAACCCAUGUGCUGUGCGAUAUAUGGAAUCAGACAUCAGAUGAGCCCUGUUCAAGAGCUCUCCGCCGCGGGGAUGGCACCAAGGGAGUUGCGAAGCACUUCACUCUCUUGAACGAAGAGAUGUGUUCCUGGCUGCGUACUUCCCAACACUUCUGUCUACGGGCCUCUGCAAAUGAGCUUGCCGCCACAGUGCAGUUGUACGGGUGCAAGUCCUGCAUGAAGAAAGUGAGAGCAGAUUGGCGGAGCGGGCUUUCUCCCCCCAGCGGUGACGGCCCUCCUCCCCCCAGCAGUGAUGGCACUCCUCCCCCCACCGGCGGGGACACUCCUCCCCCCAGGUCCCCACGCUACACUGCCGGGCCCCCUCCCACAGUGCGCACUCAAAGUAGUUUUGACCCGCUCCCCAUCUCAGAAAUGCGUCGAUACAAGCGCCACCUUGAGCCUGAGUUUGUGUUGGAUGCCCCCACCGCCUCAGCUCGCCGAUCCCGGACCACAUCGGCUGCCAGUGUUAUUGAGACGUUGAUGCCAAAGCCGGCUGACAAUCCUGUGGAGGGAGCAUUCUGGGGUGCCGUUGUCGCUGCCGAGGAGGAGACUGCAGAUGAAGAUGCUGCGGGUGGGGGUGGGGAGGUUGAUGCCCAGAUCAAUGUUCCUGAUCCCGCAAUGGAUGUUGAUGCUACUCAGCGUGUGGAUCGAAGUUAUGAGCAGAAGCUUGGCCUUCUGAACCUCUUCCCGUUCAAGGAUCAUCACGGGCAUCUUCAGCACCCUGUUGGACACAUGGAGGAGUUCAUCGUCCAUAUGAACACAAGGUGCGAUGGGCUGUUUGACACAAAAAUGAAGUUGCUCGGGGGACUCAAACCCAAAUGGCAACCAGGAACGAUGGAUAGAAAGCGUCGCCAUGUCUUUGUCUCCAUUCUUCUGGAUCUCAGCUUCCGUUAUAGCCGUGAUUGUAACGUCAGAGGAAACGUAGACGAUAUUGGGCCCUUCUGAGAGGGCUGAGACCAGUGUAUUGUAGUGAACAAAAAAGUAAGAAGC